AUGGCAAUGAUAAGAGGGAGUCCUAGUGAUUCAUAUAAGGAGUUGCCGAAGUAUUUUUAUAUGUUAGAGCAAACAAAUCUAGGAACGGUUACAAAGUUGCACAAAUCAGAAGAUGGAUGCUUUUUUUAUGCAUAUGUUUCGCUAUAUGCAUCUAUCAAGGGCUGGGAGAAUUGCAGACCGAUAAUGGUUGUUGAUAGAAGUUUCCAUAAAGCAGCAUAUAAGGGUACCAUAUUGACUGCUUGCACACAGGAUGAAGCUGUUGGAAAAAUCCUUCCACUUGCAUAUGCAAUUGUAGAUUCAGAGAAUAACAAAUCUUGGGAGUGGUUCUUUGUCCAGAUAAAGGGUACUUUUGGAGUUACGGAAGGGAUGUGUAUAGUUUCAGAUAGAAAUGAAAGCAUCUUCAAUGCCACAAAAGCUGUGUACCCAGAAGUACCACAUUAUAUUUACAUGUUUCACUUGUGGCAGAAUGUAAAGCGCACAUUCAAGAAACAACACAAACAAUUGAAGGAUAUCUUCUUUGCUUUGGCUAGAGCUUACACGGUAGAGAAGUUUGAGUACCAUAUGACAGAGAUGUGCAAAAUUGAUCUGAGAGUUCAGCCUUACUUGUUCGAAAUUGGAUACGAAAGGUGGUCUAGGGCAUAUUCCAAAGUGAAAAGGUCAAUGGUAAUGACUUCCAAUAUUGCAGAGUCAAUUAAUGCAGCAAACAAGGAUGCUAGAGAGUUACCAGUAAUGCGAUUGCUGGAGUACAUGACAAAUUUGCUACAACAGUGGAACAACAAAAAUAGAAAAAGUGAAAUUGAGACAUCUACAGAGCUUGGCGAAAAGUACGACAAACUCCUUCGGGAAAAUCUGAUUGCAUCGGAGCAAAUGACGGUGAGGCCUGCUACGGAGAAGUUAUAUACUGUGUUUGAAGGGGUAAGACGAAACAUAGUGUGCCUUGAAGAGGGAACAUGCAGUUGUGGAAAAUUUCAAAUGGAUGAACUUCCAUGUCCGCAUGCUUGGGCGGUUUUGAAGAACCAGCAGCUGAAACCUGGCCAGUAUUGCUCUUUUUAA